AUGAGCGUUCUAGCUCCAGAUCCUCCGAAUUCGUUACCAAGGAAGACCAGAUCCCGAGGAGGGUGUGUGCGAUGUCGCCGCCGACGGCAAAAGUGUGAUGAGGGUAAGCCCUCUUGCGAGAGAUGUAUCGAGGCUGGGAGCAUCUGCAAAUACGAAGUCACGCUUCGUUGGGGCGGAAGAUCUUUCGCGAAGUCUACAUUCGGAAAGUGUCUUGAUCAUAUCGAAAGAACGGAAGACACCUCGACAGGCAAUGGCUUUGUCUACAGCACGUCUCACGCCCAGUCGCCCACACCCAGGGCAUCGCGGAGGACCACAUUGACGCGGCCAGAUGUCGACCAUGAACGAACACUCCAGUACUCGGCAGAAAGUCAUACACGGGAUGGGCAUUUGACCGCCACCAAUGCCUCAUUGACGCUGAGAAGCGAUUGCAUUCCUGAGGUUUCUUUAAGGGUUCGAUCUCUGGAUAGUACAACCAGCUCGUUGCACGAGUUACAGGCACCCGUUCCCCGACCGCAACAUCAGAUAUCCUUUCUUCCACCCAUGGCUCAAUACCUCUUCCAAUUCUACCUCUCCGAAACGAUGAGACUUACAGUCCCAAGUAGCUAUGCUAAAGCAGAGAUUUGCCGAUUUCUCGUCCCGAUGUCGCUCCAGGAGCCUAGCUUACUCUACGCCGUGAUGGCAUUCGCCGCUGUUCAUCUCGAUGCUAUCGGUAUGCUGCCUGGAAACUCGCAACGACUUAUCGACAGUCUCCAUUGGGCGAGCAUCAAUCAUCUUCGAAGAUUGCUAGAAGCUACCGACUCUACGUCACAAACUGUGGCGUUGGCUACCACUAGAACACUAUGCCAGGCUCAGAUCUACGGUGGAACAUCAUUAUGGCGCAUUCAUCUCGAUGGCGCACGUGCUAUCCUCCAGAAAGCCCAGAAAGGCCAACAAGUGACGGGAAGGCCUCAUGUGCCUGUGAACACAGGGUUCCUGGAUAGUUGGUUCCAUAAUGCGGAAGCACUAGCUUCCUUGAGCCCUGCUGGGCUGCUCGGUGGUCAGCUUCUUGCGAACGACCAGACUGACUCUGGAGGAUUUCUCGACAUUUAUGGUGGCGUCAUGUCUGAUCUCCCUGCAUUAUUCAAAGAAGUCGGAGCUCUCUUAACAAAGAAGCACAUAUACACAUCUCGCCUCGAACUCGAAACUGAGAAUCUCAUUCAACAGAUACACGCAAGGCUUUCUCGUGACAAAGCCGAGGAUAUGAUCAUAGCACCAGACAUGCUCUCGUCUCUCUCUGCGAAUGACAUCCAAAACUACGCCCUCAGCAACGCCGGGUUUCUCUACAUGGCACUCUUGCACUUGUACUGCAGCAUGAGAUCUUUGUCUCCUUUCGCAGCCGAAGUCCGCUUCUGCGUUGCCCAAAUAAUCCAGUGCGCCCAUAAAAUGUCUCGUGAGUCCGGACUCUCACCGAGGGUACUGUUAGUCUCACCCUUAUUCACCGCCGGGCUUUAUGCUAUCGGAUCUGCACGGGAUGAGGUCAGGCUUGAGCUGGCAGACAUCGGAAGAUGGAUGAAGACUCCUCAUCUGUUCAAGACAUUGGAGCUAUUGGAAAGAGUUUGGCUUCAACACCCCGAUGAUUCGGCGCGCACUUGGGAAACGAUUCAAGAUAUCAGCGUCGACUUUCUUCCAUACUAA